AUGGCUGCGAAAAAGGAGAAACAAGAAAUCUUCGAAGAGAGUAAUGCAGGAGAUGGGACCAGGAGAGAAGAUCAGUACAUUGGCGGGUACAAAUUGAUUAUUGUCGUCACGUCACUCCUAAUAAGUAUGCUUCUUUCUGUUAUGGAUGCCACAAUUGUUGUGACCAUUCUUCCUCAAAUCUCCAACAAGUUUGAUGGCUUUGAAAAGAUCAACUGGCUCACUUCCGGUUUUCUAUUAGCAAUUGCCCUGUUGACAGCUACUUGGGGAAAACUUUCAAUUGUCAUUGGGAGAAAGUUGGGUAUAGUCCUUUCCAUUAUUAUCUUUAUGAUUGGCUCUUUGGUGUGUGCUUUGGCGAAUAGUAUGGACAUGCUCAUUGGUGGAAGGGUUGUGGCAGGUGUCGGUGGUGGCGGACUUCAGUCAUUGGUUCUUGUUGUCUUGACUGAAAUUCUUCCUAUAGAAUAUAGAACUUUUGGUAUCAUGCUUUUGUCAAUAACAACAGCUCUUGGUUCUGUCAUUGGGCCUUUGAUUGGAGGUGCAUUUUCUAGAUUUGACUGGAGGUGGUGCUUCUAUAUAAACUUACCAGUUGGUGGGUUAUCGCUUUUGUUGUUGGUCGCUGUAUUCAAUCCGCCUGCGCCAAAGGGAAAGAUAAAAGACAAGAUCAAAAUGAUCGACUAUUUUGGAACAUUCCUACUUAGUAGUGGGUCAGUCUUGGUAUUGCUUGCUUUAAGUUUCGGGUCUUCGUACCAAUACACUUGGAAUUCUGCAGCUUUUAUUUCUUGCAUUGUGAUUGGGGUCAUUUCUUCCGUCUUAUUCUGUGUAUGGAACUACAACUACUCGAAAUACCCUCUUAUUCCUCCAGAAAUUACUGAGGUGCUUCUGUUGGAUGCCACAGUGAUUACAGCUACGGCAAUGUUUGGGUUUUUCUUUGCCAAUCAAAUCUACUUGUCAGUGUACUUUCAAUCCAUUAAAGGCAUGGACGGCUGGCAUUCAGGUCUUCAUUUAUUGCCUAUUAUAGUCUCUUCUGUCGUCAGUACUCUCAUUGGAGGUAUGAUUUCUCAGAUUACAGGAUAUCUCAAACCAAUCUCAAUAUUAGCAGGUAUUAUUGGUGUGGUAGGCAAUGCUUUAUUAUACCUUUUGAAAGUCGAUUCCAGCUUAGGGAAGAUCAUUGGAUUGUUGAUUUUACCUGGCAUUUCGUCUGGUUUGCAAAUCCAAUCUACAGCAAUGUUGUCCCAAGUAUCUGCCCCCAAAACUCCUGGAGGUACAAUUUUGGCUACUACCUUGUACACUUUCGGUAGAACAAUGGGCGGUGCAAUUGGCUCCGAGCUUGCUACUCUCACGUAUAGUGAGUCUCUUAAACAUAUAUUUAAACGAGCUUUAAAGCACGAGACCAACUCAACAGUUUUGCAAGACAUCCAGGAGAUCGGUUUCGGCUCCUUAUUGGAAAACACCUCAUUACUUGCAAAGUUACAUCCGGUGACUCAAGAAUUCUUCAAGGCACAAAUGAUGAAAUCAAUUGUAAAUGUGUUCCACAUGGGAACAGGUCUCGCUGCCUUAGCAUUGAUUGCAUCCGUAUUUCAAAGCAACUUAAAAGUUCCGAAACAAAGUAAGGGAGUCGAUGAAGAUAACGACCAAGAAGAGAAUACAGAC